UACGUUAUAUUACGUAGUACGUUGCUUAUUUAUUCUAAUUUCUGGUCGAUGACAAUUUGUCUUGUGCUUGGUUUGGAAAAAGGUUUGGAAUUAAAUUAUAUUUUAAAUCGAACAGACAAUCAAUUUAGACCAAAAACUGAAAGUGCAGCAUGGUGUCUAGCGAAGAAGAACCAGAUGUGAAAACCGCGGAUACGAUAGAAUGGGAUGUCGAUAUGGAGAUCCAAUUAUUUUACGCGAUGGCGAACCACAAGCCGGUCGGUAUAAACAAACACUUUCAAAUGGCUUGCAUUUGGGAGAAGCUGUCCAAUUCUAUAACUAAGGAGAUAUCCACACACGAUAUAUGGAGACAUCUGGACACCUUGUAUGAUAUGACUAUGCUGGAUGAUACUGAGCCAAUACCAUUCCCGAAUCAUGAGACCGCUUUUAGUUUGCCGGAAAACGAUUUUGGUGCGCUGAUGAAACAGAAAUGCAAAGAUGUUAUCCUUGGAGACGAUAGUGAAGAUGGUAGAAGCCCAUCACCAAAAACAUCCAGUUCCAGAAGCAAUUCAAGAGGUACAACAUCAAAGGACAACUCCCUGAAAGGUCGCAAAGAUAGUAUAAGUGCCCUUGCUACAAAGACAAGAAAAGAAAGCGGAAGCUCACACGCUUCAACAGACACACCCAGUAUUAAAUCUGAAAAAGAAUAUGAUCGGAGGAGAGAUUCAAGAGACUCCAAUGCUUCAGGACCCAGAGACAAUUCAAGUGGCAGAAAAUCUAUAUCACAAAGGGACAAGCCUGCUAAAUCAAAAGUUAGUUCAGUUGCAGCCUGGGAUUCUCCACUAAUUGAUGACGACAGCAGCGCGCGGCGCGGGCGCCGGAGGGCGAACACGUCGACGCCGCCGGCGACCACCCCUGCGAAGCGCCGCCGCAUGUGACAUUCGCACACACACUCCUACCACCACUUUUUCUGACACACACAGCGCCCGUGGUGGGGAUGGGGUGACCGUAGCAGCGCGCGUCCUAGAAGGAACGCUGUCAACGUGUUUUCCUUCUGAACAUUGUAUUUUACAGACUGUUUCUGAAGUUAAGUGGAAGAUGAAGUAAAAAUGUGAUUCUCUGUGUAAAAUUAUUGUUUAAAAAUCUUAACUUGCACUCUGUUACUAACAUCUUCAUGUGAUAUAGAAACUUUACCGUAUUUUGUAGUAAACACUAAAAAUAUGUCAAGCUGUAAUAAAUUAUUCUCUAGCAGA